AUGCCUCAGAUAUUCGAGGGCAAUCGGGAAAAUGUACCAGAACGCAUUCACUAUUUGACCAAACCAUUCGUGUCACGCUACAUUCGAAUUCAUCCGAUCAACUGGCGUGGUCGUGUCUCCAUGCGCAUUGGUCUGUUGGGUUGCCGACACAAGGGCUCCUGUGGUGAUGGUUUCUUCCGCAUCAACAAUCAAAGCUCAUGCGGUAAGUCUGACGCCAGACGACGUUGA